CAAAGCUUUCACAUUCUCCCACCUUUAGCCCCCACAUUGCUCCCUCUUUCUCUCUUCUACUUCUGUACUUUUUAUCUCUCUCUCCAUUCGCCAUAGCUAAGCCAAUAACGAAAUACAGUGAAUACAACUAACAAACCCCCUUAAAGUUAAAGAAAGCUCACAACGACAAAAAAACAAAAAAUAAAAACGGCAUGAGAGAGCUAAAGAGCUUCAAAAUGUCGUCAUUGAAUCAGAACCAUCAUCAAUGGCCACCGGUGGGAGCUCCGACGAAUCUCCGGCGAGAGGAGCCAUGGAGAUCUCAGUUAGACGACUCGGUAAACGCUGUCUCAUUCGGUUUCGUUGCUACCGCCAUUCUCAUCUCAAUGUUCCUCGUCAUGGCCAUCUUCGAGAGGCUGAUUCGAACCACCACCACUAACUCCAAUUCUUCUCCGGGUCGGGUCCUUUCGGGUCUUGACUCUCGGGUCGGGUUUAACGGCUCUUCUUUAUCGAAACUUGGUUACGAAUCUCCCAAAAUAGGUGUGUACUCAAAAGGGGUCUCGGUGUUGAUGCCAGGAGACAACAUUCCCACAUUCAUCGCCCAUCCCGUACCUGCACCUAGUGAUUCCAACACUCAAAGUCACAGCUCAAACUCCAUUCAAGAAUGUUAACAGUUCGAGUUUUUGCAUUUUUCCAUGUUUUUUUUUUUCUACGAUUAUGUCAGCUUCAUUGCUUAGAUUUGAGGAUGUUGUAAUGAGUAUUUGGUGUAUAUAUAAUUAGAGGAACCAAACUGCCAAAGCCAUGGCUUUAAGUAUAUACGUUUUUGUUGAGUUUCAUUUUCUUGUUACACAAGGAAAUGUGUUUUGUAGAUAAGAAUGUGUUUCACUGUCGGUGUGAGACUUCAGUG